GUUUUAAGGAAACAUCGCAUAUGUCGUAAAAGCUAUCGAUUCUUGCGCUAUCGAUGUAUUUUUGAGCGAAAGCUAACGGUAUACGGCUGAGAAACUUUUUGGCUGCUAGUGUGACCAUCCCCGUGUGGCAGCCCCGGAGAAAGACGAGAAAAACGCUGAAAAGCGUGGAAAACGUGAAAAGAACAGAACGAACGACCCGUCCCGUGGAACAGUAGUUGCGAGAGAGGCGCGCGCGCGGUCAUAACCUGGUUACGGCGGCGUUGGGGCAUGCAAAUUAUGCCAAAUAGCAUCCACGGGCACACGACCAGCAGUAGCAGCAACAACGUCAACGCCAACGUCAAAGCCAAAGCCAUAGCCAAAACCGACCAGCGAACGGACGCAGAAAAUGCAGCGGAGCAUGGACGCGGCGACGUCAUCGGCGUCAGAUAGCGGGAAGGGUGCAAAGACGGAGGCGGCGGCAUCCAGAUCCGACGGAGUCGGCGGGAACAGCUGCUCCUCCACCGGCCUAGGCCUAGGAUCCGGAACCGCCGAUACAGCAGCGAUUAGCACAACAACGAUUGGCUCCAUGCAGCAGUUGGACCCAAAGGAGCAGAAGGUUGCCAUCCACUUUUUGGCCAGCUUCCAUGAGAUUUGCGUUGUCACCGCCCUGCUGCCCCUGGUGACGCUGUUCACGUGCUUUGUGACCGCCUACGUCUUCCAGUACGAUGAUGUACACGAGACACAUUGCCGCGUCUAUAACAUAAUACCCUCGAUAAGUGCAAUUACCGGCGUCAGUCCGCAGCGUUACUUCUGGCGCUUUAGCAUUGCGCUGCACAUUGGACCCCGAAUUCCCAUAGCCUUCGUCUACAAGAAUUACUACCGCUCGCAGCUGGAGCGGAUCAGUCCCGCCCUGGUGCCGAAGACCAGCCUGCUGAUCACAGUGAUCCUGGUGCUCAAUUGCAUCGAGAUUGCGGCCCUGGGCGGUGUUACCUAUAUAUCCAAUCGGGAGAACUAUCCUGUCCAUGAGCGUAUUUUCAUCACGUUUAUGGUCUGUUCGUUGUGCUAUAUGUUGGCCACAAUUAAGCUGAAUGGCAUCCUUAAUGCCGGACAAUCGCUGAGCCAUAAUCAGCGUCAGUCCAUCAAAUGGAAGAAGAUCCUGUUUAUAGUCUCCAUUCUGAGCACCAUUGGGCUGUUGGUGUUCUUUGCCAAACAUCGUUUCUACUGUCACGACUUGGCCUUCAGUUGGUUCGCCUUCUUUGAGUACUUGAUCGCCAUUGCCAACAUGCUGUUCCAUUUCACCAUUAUUUGGGACUUCCCCUCACAGUUUAUGAUUAUUGUGCAGGGACCCCGUAAGAAUCUGGCCCAGUACUUAAGUAAUCGCCCGAAAAAGGACUAAAUCUGGAGUCAGUGGUCAUCGUCAUCGUCGUCGAUGUGUGCACAGUGUGUGUGUGUAUAAUUCCCAUACGAAACGUACAAUUAACGAACUUCUUCAACUUUAAAAACUAAGCGCUUCCAUAACAAAAAACAAAAAAAAUAACAACAUCAACAAGAAAUCCCCAAACAAAUUCUUCUAUUUAGUAUUUCGAUUCUCCUCUCUACACAACCGAAACGAAACGAAACGAAACCAAAGCCCCAAAUGAUAACCUAAGCGAAAGUGAAAAUGUUCCAUAGAGUUCCGCGAUUUAUAAUAAUUAAAGAAAUAUACAAAAAGUAUGUACACAUUCUGAAUACACGAUAUAUAAGUUAACUAAGGACUAAGUGCACCCAACAAAACAAAACAAAAAAAAGAAACAGAAACAGAAACAGAAACCAAACCGAACAAUACUGGAUCGCGUAGCUCGCCAGAUCUCAUGUCAAUUUCGAAUCGAGCGCGUCAGAGUGUUUCAUUUGUUAGUAAAGUAAAAUAAAGUAAAGUAAAUUUAAAGUAACUUAAAGUAACGUAAAUAAAAAUAGAGAUCGUAUUACCACUUAGUACAUAUCGUUUAUACAAGAUGUAAAGCGAGCAGAAUGGGCUAGUAUUGGCCUUAUUGGCCUGGCCCAUCUCCUCCUUCCACACACAAUUCAGACAAUAGACAUUAAGCUGCGACACUAAGGGCAACGAACGAACAAAGAAUAUAUACCAAAUAGUUGGGGAAAACAACAGUGAUGGGAAGUCUAUACUAUAGACUCUAUAGGGCUGGGGAAAUUAUUGAUUUAAACAGUUUCAGUUUUGAAAUAUCCGCAACACCCUUGCAGUGUUUCAGUGUCUAAAAAUCACUGAAGCACUCAUUUCCGACCCCAUAAACCAUAUAUAUUCUUGAUCAGCAUU